AUGGGGGAAAGAGAAAGAAAUUCAGAUUCUGAUCAAGACUGUAAAGUAGAUAUAUAUUCUGACUCUUUCUGUUCAUCUGAAUUCGAAUCUACGAUGUCACAGUCAUCUCAUCAUUCAUACCCGAUUAAUUCAUUUUCACCUGCAAGUGUUAAGAGAUACAGUACACGUAAUCAAGUACUUCAUUCCCAAGCCCUUGGGAAACCAAAACCCAACGAUGUACCCAACAGAAAGAGAUUCCAUGAGGGAUUUAAUUCCCAGAGUCUCCCUAAGAUACCACUUCAGAAAGAUAGUGUUGUUACAAAAAGGAUUCUUACUGCAAGACCGCUAACAAUCGAUGAAUGGCAGAAUAAUGUAACUGAACUCUAUGUCAAGUUAGAUGAACUGAUCCAAGAAAAUAAGGUUUUGAAAAGGCUUCAAUACAAGCAUGAGAAAGCACUGAAUAAGUUUGAAGAUACAGAAAAUGAAGCCUCACAACUUAUUGCUCGUCAUAACAAUGAGAUUACAGCACUUAAAGAAUGCUUAAGAAAAACUCAAGAAAAAGAACUUGCAACUGAGAAAAGAAUGAAAGAUACAGAGGGUGAAUUACUUAGGACAAAACAUUCCUUACAAAAGCUGAAAAAAAUAUCUGAAGCUAAGCAUUUACUGGAACGAAAUGAUUUGGCAAAGAAACUAGUUUCAGCUGAGUUAAAAUUAGAUAACACUGCGAACAAGAUCAAGGAACUGGAAAAACAUCUUCAAUUAAACACAUCAAGCUUUCAAAUACAACUGAUAGCUGAGAGGAAAAAGACAGCUGAAGCGCAAAAACAAAGCAAAAUACUUAGAAAACAGUUACAACAGUUACAGCAAAAAUUAAAGGAAAAGGAGAGAGAGGCGGAUAUAAAAAAUACAUAUUUUAGUCAUCUACCAAAUUCUUCUAUAAAGAAAAAAAGAGAAUACAUAUCAAGAAAAAAUGCUGCAUGUCAAGUUGAAUACCUGAAAGUAUAUACAAAAGAAAUCCAAACUGAAGAGUUCAUGGAUGAAAAACUACCACAGACUCUUAAACAGAAUCGUGUAUGUCAAGAGAAUGACAAAGAUAAAAGUACGGUGAUGGAGAGAAAAGACCAUUUCAUUAAAGAUCCUGGACUUCUUGAUGAGUGUAAAAGAGAAAAGUCUGCUAAAAACCAAAAAGAAAAGAACUCUUUAUUGGAAAGACAAGACAAGGCACAUUUGGAAACUGGAAGAUGCAAUAUAGAUAUGACCUGCAUUCCAAAUACUGAAGAAGGGGAAGAAAAACAAAAAAGGGAAAUGCUGAUUGCUAAGUUAAAUGAAAUUGACCAAGAAUGCCAAGAUGCCCAGAAUUUCAAAUGUGCUCCUCUGUCAUUGCUACCUGAUAGGAACUCAAAAUUGCACACCCCAGAAAGCAGCCCCUCAAAAUACACGUUCUCUGAAACUGAGAGAGUACUUAAUAGGAGUCAGAUCCAAAACAACAGUCUUUUCACUACAAAAGAUGACAACACUGAAGGAAAUAUCAGAAGACUAAACUCUCCAAAAGAAUUUUCAUUUGGUAGUUACGUGCCUUCAUUUGCAAAAACAUCAGGAAAGUCAAGUCCACUUGGCCAAAUGAAUAUUGAAAACAACAAUACAGAGAAAUGUAGUCAAGAUGAUAGAGAUCCAACUACAAGAAGAGAGAGAAAAGCUCGCCUGAUGGAAGAACUAUUUGGCACCAACAGUAGCAUCAUUUUGUCUCAAAAUGGUAACCGACACUAUCAAAGCAACUCAAAUGCUGACCUAGAAUGUGAAAGAGAAAAGUCUGCUAUAAACCCAAAGGAAAAGAACUCUUUAUUGGAAAGACAAGACAGGGCACAUUUGGAAACUAGAAGAUGCCACAUAGAUACGAACUGGAUUCCAAAUACGGAAGAAGGGGAAGAAAAACAAAAAAGAGGAAUGCUAAUUAUUCCUAAGCUAAAUGAAAUUGAUGGAGAAUGCCAAGAUGCCCAGAAUUUCAAAUGUGCUCCUCUGUCAUUGCUACCUGAUAGGAAAUCAAAAUUGCAUACCCCAGAAAGCAGCCCAUCAAAAUACACAUUCUCCGAAACUGAGAGAGUACUUAAUAGGAGUCAGAUCCAAAACAACAGUCUUUUCACUACAAAAGAUGACAACACUGAAGGAAAUAUCAGAAGACUAAACUCUCCAAAAGAAUUUUCAUUUGGUAGUUAUGUGCCUUCAUUUGCAAAAACAUCGGGAAAGUCAAGUUCACUUGGCCAAAUGAAUAUUGAAAACAACAAUACAGAGAAAUGUAGUCAAGAUGAUAGAGAUCCAACUACAAGAAGAGAGAGAAAAGCUCGCCUGAUGGAAGAACUAUUUGGCACCAAUAGUAGUAUUAUUUUGUCUCAAAAUGAUGAAAUAAAAUUUAUCCCAACUAGACGUAGACUAAAACAUGCUGAUAAUACAUCUUCAGUCAAAGUAGCUGAUUAUGUAGAAGAUGAAAAUGAAGAAGGUGGGGGCGGCGCCAGAAUCAAAGGAUCUCGUUUCAUUAAUGUGCGGGCAAGUAGCCAAGUGGAUCGGGAACAAGUGCUCUCGGCUGAGAGCCUCCAGACUGAAUGGACGGCACCUGGAGAAGUAGGACCCCGAGUUCCAGCCACCAUCGCGCCUCCAACUUCCCUGGCGACGCAGUCCUGA